AUGAUCCACGGCCCCCGGGGAUCGGCUCGUGGCUUCGGCUUCCCCUUUGGACUCAAGAAUUCGUCGAACCCCGCGGCCGGUGACAUCAGCACCGAAACCCCGAGGUCCUGGCCCCGCCGUGCCGGAAAAGUUGAGGCCGAAGACGAAAACACAUCGGCCGAUGCCAUUGCACGAUCUGGCGAUGUUGCGAAAGAUACGCUCUUCUUCUCAUUGUCUCUCACCGACACUCACCUGAACAACCUCUCGGUGACCCCCUCUCACCGACAUGUCGGUCUAGGCCAAUCAUCAGCGGUCGACUUCCCCGCAAGUUCCGCUAACUUGGGUUCCCCGCAGCAAUCAAUGCGCCCAUCUCCCCCCCAGGGUUCGGCGCACUUAGCCAUUGGACGCCAGCAACAUCCGAAAUCCGCUAGUCGGGCAAUUUUCGAUGGGAGCAACGCAGGAGAGAGCCCAGAGCAGGUCACAGGUGAAGAGGAGAUCCAGUCCUUUUUCUCCUCCCGCAUGACCUACCGAAACCUUCCGAUCCAUGAGGUGGGCUUUGGCCGAUUUCACAAUACUUGGGUUGGGCUUCACUUCCAUGUGUUCAAGACUGAUUUUAGCCGGUGA